UAUUUGAAUUGGCAUGUAGGAUGAUUAAAAAUGUAGAAAUGACUCUAAACUCAAAGACUCCUUUUUUCUUCUAACAUUAAUCAAAUCCAUUAUCCUAAUCCACAACACAAUUCUUCACUUUCCUUUCUCUGACCUUAUGCAAUUCUCAUUCUCAUUAUAAACUCACUCUCUCACUCUCUCUCCCUCUGCCAUUUCUUCACUUGCUGGAACGCAUCGCUGAUCGACGAACCGCAGCCAUUCCGCUCAGUCGUCACUUUGAUCCUCCUGGAGCGCAGUUCCCUUGUCAGAUCCGUCGUCCUUCGCUUUCGUUGUGAUGCGAAAAUCUUUAGAGGCCAAGCUGCGGAUUGGGAAGGAGCUUCUGCCGAAUUCAUUAGCCUAGGGUUAGGGUUUCUUCCAUCGUUUCCUAAAUAUGUUUAAGCGAAUCAUGAAGGGAGGGCAGAAGAAGCCCUCCAAGACGGACCCGAGCGAUCCGUCCUCCUUCGGUCCGCCGGUGAUGGCCGCUGCUCCGGAGGUGGUGGUGCCGCCGCCUACGGGGACCAUAGAGCCGCUGCCGCUGUUCCGCGAUGUGCCCGUGUCGGAGCGGCAGACCCUGUUCAUUCGGAAGCUUCAGAUAUGCUGCCACGUGCUGGACUUCUCGGACACUCUGAAGAGCAUUCGCGAGAAGGAAAUCAAGAGGCAGACGCUGAUGGAGCUCGUGGAUUUCAUACAAUCGGGUUCGGGGAAGAUAACCGAGACUUGCCAGGAGGAGAUGAUCAAAAUGGUGGCCGUCAAUAUCUUCCGGUGCCUCCCGCCGGCGUCGCACGAGAACACCGGCCAGGAACCCACCGAUCCGGAGGAAGAGGAGCCGUGCCUUGAUCCCGCGUGGCCGCACCUUCAGCUUGUCUACGAGCUUCUCCUCAGAUACAUCGUUUCCUCUGAUACUGACACAAAGGUUGCGAAACGGUACAUUGAUCAUUCUUUUGUCCUCAAACUGCUUGAUUUGUUUGACUCCGAGGACCCCCGUGAGCGUGAGUACUUAAAAACCAUAUUACAUCGCGUGUACGGGAAAUUCAUGGUUCAUCGCCCCUUUAUUAGGAAGGCCAUUAACAACAUAUUUUUUCGGUUUAUAUAUGAGACGGAGCGGCAUAGCGGUAUUGGGGAGCUUCUUGAGAUUCUGGGGAGCAUUAUCAAUGGCUUUGCUCUGCCGAUGAAAGAAGAACAUAAGCUGUUUUUAUCUAGGGCGCUUCUGCCUCUGCAUAAGCCCAAGCCGGUUGCGGUGUAUCACCAGCAGUUGUCGUAUUGCAUUGCGCAGUUUGUGGAGAAGGAUUUCAAGCUCGCCGAUGCAGUUAUUAGGGGCUUGUUGAAGUAUUGGCCCGUAACUAAUUGCCAGAAGGAGGUUCUCUUUCUUGGGGAACUGGAGGAGGUGCUGGAGGCCACGCAAGCUGCGGAAUUCCAACGCUGCAUGGUCCCUCUUUUUAGACAGGUUGCCCGCUGCCUCAAUAGUUCUCACUUUCAGGUUGCAGAACGAACUCUCUUUUUGUGGAAUAAUGAGCACAUUGUCAGCUUAAUUGCCCAAAACAGGACUGUAGUAUUACCCAUAAUAUUCGAAGCACUGGAGAAAAAUAUCCAGAGUCAUUGGAACCAGGCUGUUCACGGAUUGACCGUGAACGUUCAGAAAAUGUUCAUAGAAAUGGAUGCAGAAUUAUUUGAAGAAUGUCAGAGACAGUAUGCAGAGAGGGAGGCUAAAGCAAAGGAUUUAGAAGAGCAGCGGGAAUUGAAUUGGAAAAGACUGACAGAUGCAGCUGCACAGAAUGGGGUGGAUAUGGUCACAGCUUAGUCAAAUUACUUUUCUGCCUGAACUGGGACUGUGAAUUGGAUCGGUGAAGGAUUACAUGUGCUCCUCGCCAUUUUGGUGCCACAUUAUUUAUUGGUUCCUUUCUUUCCCACUUAAUUUCUUUUUCCUCUCUAUUUUCUCAGUUGGAUACUCCGCAAGUUGAAGAAAGCAGUGAUUAAUGUAACUUAAAAGUGCAGUUGGAUAAUCAGUUGGACGUUGUUAGCAAUGUCUGCAGAUUAAGAAUGUUUAAUGAAACACUUUCAUGUAUUUUUUUUUUUCACUUACAGAGAGAAAUACGGAUAAUUUUUUCCUUCUGGAAACAGAGUCUAGUGCCCUUUGUGUUUAUGGCACAAAAAGUAGGGUGGCUGAUUGGGGGUAUUUUAUAGUAAAAAUAGGGCAGGUUUGGUUUGGCACUAAUUUUUGUGAGGAGCUGGCUUUGUACGGGGGGUUAUGUCCGUAUCAUAUAAAAGGGCUGGUGAUUUACUUGUACAAUAGGGCAACGUUGCCUUCAAGCAAUGCGGCAAACAUGUUCGAUGUAGCCCACCAUUGAUGAUUACUCCCCUAAUUUGGAUCUCCGAUCAAAGGCAUUGGAGAUUUUCCUGUUGUUGAUUUGGAACGACUUUCAAAAUGUCUCAGUUAAUUGUAUUGAUUUUCCUUUUGAUGUAACUGUUGAGAUUUGUUCUCUUUGAAGCUGAUAUUCCUGUUUUAGAUUGAUAUUUUAUCCCUAUUUUGCUCA